CCCCCCCCCCCGCCCUUCCGCUAGAAGCUCUCAACUUGCUAGCUUAUAGCUUCUGCUUUCACAAUGGCAGCCGAGGCCCCCAUCGUCCUCGACGGAGGAACAGGUUUCCUCAAGGUCGGCUACGCAGCACAGAACUUCCCCGAAUUCCAGUACCCUUCCAUCGUCGGCCGACCGAUCAUCAGAACCGAAGAAAAGGGCGAGGACAACGAUGUGACCAUCAAGGACAUCAUGUGCGGUGACGAGGCCGCCGCCGCCCGGACGAUGCUCCAGAUCAGCUACCCGAUGGAGAACGGCAUUGUCAAGAAGUGGGAUGACAUGCAGCAUCUCUGGGACUACACUUUCUUCGAGAAGAUGAAGGUCGACCCGCGCGGCCGCAAGAUCCUGUUGACCGAGCCGCCGAUGAACCCGCUGCGCAACCGCGAGCAGAUGUGCGAGGUCAUGUUUGACCGCUACGGAUUCGGCGGUGUCUAUGUUGCGAUCCAGGCCGUCUUGGCUCUUUACGCUCAAGGUCUGAGUUCCGGUGUCGUCGUCGAUUCCGGUGACGGCGUGACCCACAUCGUCCCAGUGUACGAGUCGGUCGUCCUGAACCACCUCACCCGCAGACUGGAUGUCGCGGGCCGCGACGUCACGCGCAACCUGAUUGCGCUCCUCCUGCGCCGUGGAUACGCGCUCAACCGAACGGCUGACUUCGAGACGGUCCGUCAGAUCAAGGAGAAGCUCUGCUACGUCUCGUACGACCUGGAGCUGGACAAGCGCCUGAGCGAAGAUACGACGGUGCUGGUAGAGAGUUACACGUUACCCGAUGGCCGCGUCAUCAGGGUGGGUAGCGAGCGUUUCGAGGCACCCGAGUGCCUGUUCCAGCCUCACCUCGUGGACUGCGAGCAGCCUGGUAUUGCCGAGUUCUUGUUCAACACGAUCCAGGCCGCCGACGUGGACGUGAGGUCGUCGCUGUACAAGGCCAUCGUCUUGUCCGGUGGCAGCAGCAUGUACCCCGGUCUCCCUUCACGUCUGGAGAAGGAGCUCAAGCAGCUGUGGCUGACGCGGGUUCUGGGCGGCAACCCGGAGAGAUUAAACAAGUUCAAGGUUCGGAUAGAGGACCCACCCCGCCGGAGACACAUGGUGUUCCUCGGAGGUGCGGUGCUGGCCAACAUCAUGGCCGACAAGGAGGCUAUGUGGGUGACCAAGGCGGAGUGGGAUGAACAGGGACCGCGUGUGCUCGAGAAGCUCGGCCCACGAUGAGCAGCUGCACACACACACACUCUCUCUCUCUCUUUCUCACACACACUUUCUCUCUCUCCGGGGUUGGGGUCCGUCUUAGUCUUGGUGGUAGA